AUGGCGCCAACGAAGCCCGUAGAUGUUGAUGAACAUGUUGGAGAGAGGCCGUCCGAGGAGGAGACGCCACUGCUUGGCUACGACCCACAGAGCUCAGUGCUCCCAAGCAAGGGCAAUCGAACCAAAAUUAUUGGCUUGGCAAUGACCUACAUCAUUAUCAUCGAGAUCGGAUCAUACCUCCAGAUUCCACCGUCCUAUCAGCUUUUGGAAAAUAUUAUCUGUCGCAAGUACUUCCCCGAUCACAUUCUUUCGGAUGUAGAUACCGAUGUUUGCAAGACUCCUGAGGUCCAGGGUGAACUGGCCAUGAUCAAAGGCUGGCAAGCCUCAUUAGAUUGCGUCGCCCUUCUGUUCCCCGAGAUCCUCCCUCCGUGGACCAUAUGGAUCGGAUCUGUUUUUCACUUUAUUGGCGGAGGCGUAGGUAUGGUGAACGCCAUGAUCUGGACCAUGAUAUCUGACGUAGUCCCCGUCUCCGAGCUAAUUGGGGCAACUGCCGUGGCGGGAGAGCUUGUCGUCGUACCCCUCAGUGCCGCGCUCCUGAACAAGAACCCAUGGCUUCCCCUUACCCUCGGCAUGGCCUUCUUAAUGAUAGGAACAUGCAUCCCACCUUUCAUUCCAGAAACGCUUAAGGUGCGCAGGGCCGCCGAUCGCCAGGCAGAGCAAUCGCUGCACGACACAGAAAAUGGCGCAAAAGACACACGCACGCUGUGGGAGCAAAUCGUUUUUCCCGUGAAGAACGACGUAGGCCAUGUCUACAACUUUCUGCUCAAGUCAAGAAGUGUGGCUGUUCUUUUACUUAGUUUCAACUUGACAGUUGUUGUCAAGUAUACCAAGAUUGAGAUCAUGUCGCAAUAUGUCCACAAUCUGUUCAACUGGUCGUGGGCAAAGUCCACUCUCCUUGGAACGGUCUCAACCGUCACUAACAUGGUCAUGUUGCUUGUGGUGCUUCCGGGAAUCAGUCAGCUCAUUACCAAACGGACAGGCGUGCAUCCCCUGAUCCGCGACCUUUGGCUCACCCGUGUAACGGGAAUCCUAUUGGCUACUGGCUGUUUCAUGGUGGCCAUCGCUUUUGCGCCUUGGUUCAUCAUCUGCGCUCUUGUCAUCUUUUCGAUGGGAUCCUGCUACACAAACAUCUGCCGAGCAAUGCUCAAUGCCAUUGUUGAGCCACACUCAGUUGGCACGCUCAACACGACCAUCACGUGGGUGGAGAUGAUUAGUAUGCUCGUCUCCUCGCCCAUCAUAUCGGGCUUGUUGAAGGCUGGGAACGCUGCAGGCGGGGCGUGGAUCGGGUUGCCGUUCUUCGCGGCGACUAUCAUUGCCAUCGGUGGUACUGUAGUUGUGUUCUUGUAUCGCGUGCCUCAAGACAGCCUUCGAUGA